UAAAAACCCCACGCCAUAAUCCCAUUUUGCUCGUCUUCACUCCUACCUCGUUUUCCUCGCUAUCUUUCACUCACAACACAACGUUUUGUUUCCCAUACUCUGUUUUUUAUUCUCUCUCUUUCCAACACCACAACACAAUGGGUUCCGAAGAAGUAGUAGAAGAACCAACUCCAAAAACUCCAAACCAAACAACAACACCGGAAACGACGUCGUCGAGUUCCCCCCGGAAAAUUAAAACCAACACUCCCACCGAAAACGGUCACGUGUCCGUUACUCCCACCACGCUCUCAAUCGUGCAGCCACAUUCACUUCUCCCAAAGCCAGUGCCUCCAAGAACGACUUACACUCAAAACGACGUCGUCGUUUCCUCCACCACAUUCGGAAAAUUCCUCCGCAAGCGCAGCAACGACCUGUCGUCCGCGAUCAGCAAGGGGAUCUCCACGCUGAAGCACUCCAUCAACGACCAAAACGACAACAACGGCGUGACGGAGUUCAACCUGUCGGGGCUAAAGGUCUUCGUGACGGUGAAAAACAAAAACGACGCGUCGUCUAAUUCGCUUGCGCGAAUGAAAAUCAGCUUCUUCUCGCGCUCGAACUGCAGAGAGUGUUGUGCGGUGAGAAGGUUCUUCAGAGAGAGAGCGCUGAGGUUCGUUGAGAUAAACGUCGACGUUUUCGCGGAGCGGGAGAAGGAGCUGAGAGAGAGAACGGGGAGCGCGACGGUGCCGAAGAUCUUCUUCGGCGAGAGGCUGAUCGGAGGCUUGGUGGAGCUGAACGCGCUGAGGAAGGACGGCGGCGAGGAGUUGGAGAGGCGGCUGAAGGAAGCGGGUGGCCAAGGGCCGGCGGCGCCGGCGUACGGAUUCGACGAGGCGGAGGAGGAGGAGAUGCCGGAGGAGGAGAUUGGGAAGGUGGUUAGGGUUUUGAGGCAGAGGUUGCCAAUUCAGGAUCGGUUGAUAAAGAUGAAAAUUGCAAGGAACUGCUUCGCGGGGAGCGAGUUGGUGGAGCUUCUCGUUCGACACCAUGGCUAUUCUCCUUCCAAUGCUGUUGAGAUUGGAAAACAGUUAUGCAAGAAGCACUUUAUCCAUCAUGUUUUCGGGAAAAAUGAUUUUGAGGAAGGAAACCACUUCUAUAGAUUCCUUGAGCACGAACCGCUUAUCUCCAAAUGCUUUAACUUCCGCGGUGCCACAAAUGAUAGUGAACCGAAGGCUGCAGCUGCAGUGUGUGAUAGGCUUACCAAGAUUAUGUGUGCCAUUCUUGAGUCUUUUGCUUCUGAAGACAGGCGACAUGUUGAUUAUGUGGCCAUUAGCAAAAGCGAAGAACUUCGGAGGUAUGUAAACAUGACCCAAGAUCUUCAGCGGGUGAAUCUCUUGGAACUAUCAGAAAAUGAGACGCUUGCUUUCUUCAUAAAUUUGUACAAUGCCAUGAUCGUCCAUGCUAUCAUUAGAGUAGGGUGUCAAGAAGGUGUAAUUAAUAGGAAAUCCUUCUUUGAUUUUCACUAUUUGAUUGGAGGGCAUCCUUAUUCUCUUGGUGCAAUUAAAAAUGGUAUCCUCAGAAGCAAUCGUAGGUCACCAUAUUCCUUAAUCAAGCCCUUUGGCACAGGAGAUAGGCGCUUAGAGCAUGCUCUUGUCAAAAUGAAUCCGUUAGUUCACUUUGGACUUUGUAAUGGCACAAAAUCGAGCCCAAAGGUGAGGUUUUUCUCACCCUAUAGAGUUGCUGAAGAAUUGAGAAGUGCUGCUAGAGAGUUUUUUGAGAAUGAUGGAAUUGAAGUGGACUUGGAGAAGAGGACCAUUCAUCUCACUCCGAUUUUCAAGUGGUACUCUGCGGAUUUCGGACAAGAGAGAAACAUACUGAAGUGGAUAAUAAAUUUCUUGGAUGCAAAUAAAGCAGGUCUUUUGACACAUCUCUUAGGUGAUGGUGGUCAUGUUAAUAUCUCUUACAUGAGUUAUGACUGGUCAAUAAAUUCCUGAAUUGUUGUGAACCGAAUGAUCCACCCCAUUUAGCAGCUGAAUUUACCAGAUAUUUGUCGUAUAUAACCCAGGUUUUGAUUUGUCAACGAGUCAUAAAGGAGAGACUUUGAUUGAUAGUGAUGCCAAAACAUAGAACAUAGGUGACAUUACUUUUUCUAUCGUUUAUUUUGUAAGCCAAAAUCUGAUGCACAUCAAUGAUGUGCAGAAACUGUAGAUCAUAUUGUUUGGCAAAGGUAAGUCUAAAGGAACAA